UUUCACUGAUGCUCUUGUUCAUUCUAUUUAGUCAAUCGUGAAUACUUACAACCUACCAGAGGAAGUGGGGCAGAGGUAGCUGAUCUAUAAAGAAAGGAGUUCAUCACUGUUUACUGUUGCGUCAUACAGGGAUCCUCAAUCUUUCAGACACAGCAAAUUAUGUUUCAAAAGUCCUGCAACUGCUUGCAGGGUGAGCAUUUGUUCAGGUGCCUUAACCCAAGAUCUGCACCUUAGGAUCGCAGCUCGUUCAUCUCAAUGAGGGCAGCGUUGGUGAGUUGAAGGCUCAUCUCGUAAAGAAAUCUGGUACGAAAGACAUGGAGCCCACAAAGGCGCCUUGGGCUGACAGGAACUUCGAGCAUUCUGUCGCACAGAUGUCCUUGCAAGCACCAGCGCAGAAGAAGCUUCCAAUGGAGCCCACCAAAGCUCCCUGGGCAGAUGGCGGCAGAGGCAGAGUCUUCGCAGCCCCAGAGCCUGGUUCCAUGCCUGGGCAGGAGCAGGUUGCCCAGCCAGAUCCACAUCACCACAGAGACCGUGGGUACCUGACUGGGGUGCCGGUGCAGCCGCUGGUUGUUGCAGAGGCACAGAUGCCUGCACCAGCAAAUAGCGCCCCGGCCGGCCAGCCAAACUUUGCACCCCCAGAGAAGCGCAUCCACAACAAUGCAGAUCUGGACAGGUUUCUGAAGUCGGAGACAGUGCAGGAGUUUGUGGGGUUCAUAGUGGCCUUGAAUGAGCGCGCAAAGGGGAAAAAGGUGUCGGACGAGUGCCAGGUGUCGCCGCCGGUGCAGGGGUUGCUGAAUAUCUUGCAGCAGCUCAGCGAGUGGGUCGACGCAAUUCCCCCUGUGCAGCAGGCGCUGCGAUACGGCAACCCUGCUUUCAGGACAUGGUUUGCAAAGGCCUCAGCGGCUGCGCCAGAGCUAUUAGCGCAGCUUGUACUGCCGGAGCGGCUGCGCGGCGCGGAAGUGGAAUUGGCACCGUACUUGGCUGACUCGCUGGGAAACCCGACGCGCAUCGAUUAUGGGACGGGGCACGAGACGACUUUCUGCGCGCUACUGUGUUGCCUCGCCAAACUAGGCGUGCUCACUGAGGCCGAUCUGCAGGCACUGGUCACGCAAGUUUUUGACAGCUACAUCAAGCUCAUGCGGAAGGUGCAGACAACAUACUGGCUUGAGCCGGCGGGCUCUCAUGGGGUGUGGGGACUGGACGAUUAUCAGUUCCUGCCCUUCGUCUGGGGCUCCGCGCAGCUGAUGGACCACCCCUUCAUCCGGCCGCGCUCCAUCCACAGCCAGGAGGUGCUCGAUACCUGCGCGCCCGACUACAUGUACCUGGGCUGCGUGCGUUUCGUCAAGCAGGUGAAGAAAGGCCCGCUGGCAGAGACUUCGCCGAUGCUGAACGACAUCAGUGGAGUGCCCAACUGGGGCAAGGUGAACAGCGGCAUGCUGAAGAUGUAUCAGGUGGAGGUGCUGUCAAAGGUCCCCAUCAUGCAGCACUUCUUAUUUGGCAGCCUACUGGACUUUCGCUGACCUGGCGGCCAAGUGGCAUGAUGUCAGCAGCAAGCAUCCAUGCGUAGCCACCAGUGCAGAUCUUUGCUGGUAAUGCUGUGGGUUUGAACAACCAUUCUCGCAAACAUAUUGGAACACAUGAAUUGAUGCUAGUGGUAAAGUCCACAGUAGGCAGCUGUGCAAGCUGCAUGCAGUUGAUUUGUGAGCAAUAAGUGGAGCAGUACUACUAGUAGGGCUAAUCGGUGUGGGCGGAAAUCGAGAUCUACUAAGUAGGUGGGAAGUAAUUUAGUAGUUUGGAUUGUAGAUGGGUCGCACGUGCGGGAAUGACGUGCCACGUGACUUGGUCGGGUGACUCGAAAUGGGCAGCGGAAGUCGAGGCAGAUCCGUGACAUGUAGAUGUAUGUAAAGUGAAGAAGGUGCGG